AUAUUUGAAAAUAACUGAACAUAGAUAACCAUAAAACUUUCAUUGAAAUUAUCAAAUGCAUUAUGUGAACACUUUCUUCAAAAUUUGUAUUUCAAAAAUGUAAUAAUAUAGAAAAUAGAUCGUGUAAAAGGACAGCAUGGCUCGAAAUUCAAAAUCUUUUCGUUCAGAAGACAAAAUAAUUAACAAAGAUUGCUAUCUCGUGAAGAAGAACUUCAGACAAAUAAGAAAAAAGCUCAAGAAUAGAAAAUUAAGAGAAAAAGUUAAAAUUUUGAAAAAUUUCGAACCUGUCGGCCUGGAACAUGUAAAAAUACUCAGUGAACACUUAAAACGGCCAAUAAAUAUCUGGUCCAAAGAAAACAGUUUAGUCGAUUUUGGUAAUAUUUAUUUCGAAAAACCAAAAAUCAAUCUUGAAUUCAUGAAGCGUCCUAGUUCAAAAAUUGGACAUUUUACUUCAAAGGGCGGUUUGGAAUCCCGCAGUAAUGAUCCAAGAUAUCCAAAUAAUUGUUUGUUCGAUGCUGUUGGUGCCCAAGUAGGAAUCGAAGGGAACUUAUUGCGGCGUACAGUACAGUACUUGCAAAGAAAAGAAUCAAAAAAACGUUGUGAAUCUGCAUUUCCUGUGUCAACAAAUUUGACAGAAAGGACAGUCGCAUCCCGAUAGACGUUCGGGCCAUCCACGAGGACAUGCGUCUUAUCCGAAAGCCACUGGUCACGAAGAUUCCGUCGAGAACUAUUCUAAAUACAAGGAAAAAACAGGAUUUCUCUCUCGCUCGGAUCAAGAUCUCGUUACUCAUUUAAUAUUAAAAACUAAAGAAGCUAGUGAUGUCAUGGAAAUAUUGAAUCACCUAGGAGAACGUGCCAAUAAAGAGGCAGUGACGGUUUCUCCAAAAAAAUUGCAAAUGAAUGAGGAUAAGCUGCCAUUGGCCCAAGAGUGGUUGUCAGGAGAACGAAAAGGAAAGCCCACUAGGAUUCAUGAGCUUGUAACAGUGCUUAAGCAUUUUUACAAAAAGCACGACGUUGAAGAUGAAAACCCUUUCAUUUUGACGUGUUACCCAAAAAUAUAGUGCAAUUUUUAUAACUUUUACGUGAAACAACUUUUUGUAGCGAGCAAAAAUUCAUAUCAGAAUGUUUUAUUGUAAUUUUGCACGACAAGCAAGCAAUACUAAACAUAUUGCAAUGCAAAAAAAAAUGACAAUCCAAAAUAUACGUCCUUCAGAAGCUAUUAGCCAACCUAAAAAAACUUGUGUCCUGGAAAUUCCCGUCAAAAUUUUUUAGUCGUCAUGUAGCUUAAAAUUUUAAAAGAAAAAACUAAAAAAAAUAGUAAAACUCAUUUAACAACUCAACCAAGUCAAUUUAACAAUCAGUUAAAAUAAAUUAUGAAAAACUAAAAAAAAAA